AUGUCAUCCCGCAUCAUCAUAGUGUCGCUGAGCAGGCCCCGCCCCCUGCUCACCAACGGGAAAAUUCAGCCCGAUGACUCCAUGAAACAGGACUUUGGACUGUCACAAGAGUGGAAAGGUGACACUCCACGAGAGGUGACAGCGCAGGAAGGUUCAUGUGUACAGAUUCCAUGUAAUUACACUUACCCAUCACAUUUGUUAGAGAAAACACGUGUCGGAAUCUGGAAUAUGAGAAGGGACAAAUGGAAUACAUCAUCUAUAGCCUUUCACUCCAAGGAUCACAAUCGCGAGUUACCACGGUUCCACCAUCGGACCCGGCUGUCUGGAGACCUGAAAGAUGGCAACUGUUCCCUGAUUAUAAACAACAUCAGAUGGGGAGAUGCAGGACAAUAUUUUUUCAGAAUAGAAUUUGACAGCAGCAAUAGUUACAGCAUCUAUCCUGUAACCCGGCUUCACGUUUCUGCUGAACCCUCACAAGAGUGGAAAGGUGACACUCCACGAGAGGUGACAGCACAGGAAGGUUCGUGUGUACAGAUUCCAUGUCAUUACAGUUAUCCAUCGUGUCUGGAAAACCAACCACGAGGUGGAGUCUGGUUUAAUAACGAGAAACAGAUUCCCUGGACUCCCAUAGCCUUUCACUCCAAGGAUCACAGUCACGAGUUACCACGGUUCCACCAUCGGACCCGGCUGUCUGGAGACCUGAAAGAUGGCGACUGUUCCCUGAUUAUAAACAACAUCAGACGAGAAGAUGCAGGACCUUAUUUUUUCAGAAUAGAAUUUGACAAUGGUCCGAGCCAUAACUAUUACCCUGUAACCCAGCUUCACGUUUCUGAUUUCACAGAUAAACCCACGAUAUUCCCUGCUGAAAUUAUUGCAGGAAAGCGUGUGGAUGUAAGCUGCACCUUCAACACAACGUGCAAUGGAACAGCAGCACCUGUCUUAACCUGGGACACGCCCACUGACGUACCUGGAUCAGUUUCAAACACUGUAACUCAGCAUGGUGUCACUCUGACCUAUACUUCUGUUCUGACCCUGAUCCCAUCACUCAAACACCACGGACACACUCUUAGCUGCAGAGUGAGAUAUCCAUCUGUUUCAUCGGAGCGGUCCCUCGUACUAACUAUGCAAGACAGUGGAGGAGAGAUUCUGCACGUGAUCCAGAUCCUGGGAAUACGAGCUGUGAUAUUCUUUGUAGCUGUGGUUAUCACUAUUGCUGGAGUCUGUGUCUGGGAGGGACAAACAGUGAAAGGAAGUCGACAGACUGUUUAAAGCUUUGUACAGCAACAAUCUGCACAAACAGCAAUUUCCAAGCGGACUCCCAUCAGCAGACAGAGUGCAAUGAAACAUCGGCAUGCCUGCUUCUUAAUGUACGGAGAGAAACCUGGAACGAGAGAUUCUCCUUCUUCUCCUCAGCAAGCUGAAACUUUUCCUUAUACCUGGUGCUCCCUAGUCCUGCUGUGUGGACACAUCAUAACCACGGCAUUGUCUGGCUGUGUGCAGCCAACAUGGUCGAAUAGGAAUGAACAGAAAUGUGACGUUGCUAAACUCUGUUCUCUGAUUGGAAUGUGCUUUCUGAAUGCUGCACCUUUUUCAUGCUGCGAUAGAUUGUAAGAAGCAUUUGGGUUAUGAAUAAAAUUACAUUGAUUAACACAA